GCGAUCAGUUGGUAAAAGUGUUGCGUUGCGUAUGGUUUAAGCUGAAACUACCGCAGUGAUUUCAAAUUGAAAAAUAUAACUGCAUAAUCUGCUACAAAUAAUCCUAAAGGAACUGUGCAAUAAAGAAAAACAGAGGCUUACGAAAAAACAAAACUCACAAAAGUAUAUUGCAGCUGUGAAUUGAAUACAACAACAACAGAAGUCAGUCCGUUCCAGGUUUCAGCAACAGAAGAACGACUUUGAGAGGAAAAAAUAAAUAAAAAAAUAUAAGAAAUUAGAAUAAAAAUACAUACACUACGAAAGAUGUCGCUGUUGCGCACUGUGUUGCUGCUGGCGUUUGGUGCCACUGUCGCCUUGGCUCAACGUCGCCUAGCGUUGCCGGAUCCACGCAGCUGUGCCAAUCGUGUUCGCCAUGCCACUUACCGCGAUGCGCGUGGUGUCGCCCAUUCGUACUUCUUCAGCUGGGAGCAUGCGCCGACACGUAGUCUCGAAGUCGAUUGGUUGGAUGCGCGCAACAUUUGCCGUCGCCAUUGCAUGGAUGCCGUCUCACUGGAAACACCUCAGGAGAAUGAAUUCAUCAAGCAGCGCAUAGCACGUGGCAAUGUGCGCUACAUCUGGACAUCGGGACGUAAGUGCAACUUCGCUGGCUGUGAUCGUCCCGACUUACAGCCACCAAAUGAGAAUGGCUGGUUCUGGUCGGGAUCGGGUGCCAAAAUCGGACCCACCUCUCAGCGCAACACCGGCGACUGGUCGCACACUGGCGGCUACAAUCAACCACAACCGGACAACCGUGAAGCCGCACAGGGUAACGAUGAAUCGUGUUUGUCGAUUUUGAACAACUUCUACAAUGACGGACUCAAGUGGCACGAUGUGGCCUGCCAUCACUUGAAGCCAUUCGUGUGCGAGGACUCCGACGAGUUGUUGAACUUUGUGCGCUCGCGCAAUGCUGGAAUUCGUCUGUAAAUGAACACUGCAUAGGAACAUUUGUAUAUGUGUUGUUUUUGUUUUUUGGUUUUUUUGUUUUGGACUUUGUAACGACGUAACGGAUGUGAAUGCAUACGCGGCGAGGUACGCUUGGAAUGUGGAAUGUGGAUUGUGGCAUGUGGAGUGUAAAAUCUGAAACGUAUUUGUUGAUGUUUUAUUUUUAUUUGUAAAGUUUUUGUUCACAACUUAAAAAGUUUUCUAAUUGGCAAGAAAUUUCUUAAGUUUGAGCAGAAUUAUGUUUUAGCUUAAGUGAAGUUUAAAAUUAAUUUAUGUUUAAUAAAAUAAAAUCGAGAAAAUGUGAAAAUGAUAUCAGCCAAACGAGUUGCAUUAUUCGAGUGACUUAAAUAUUUUCGAAUUAAAUUAUAAUUUUCGAUUUGUUGAAAUUCGUUGCAAGUCUGCUCUCUGCUAAAAUUCUUUCUCAAAUAAAAUAUACUUAGAAAAAUUUUAUUUUGGUUUAAGCUUUUGCAUGUAACCGUUACUUACUCUGUACACCCCAAAUUGGCUAACGAGUUCACGCCUGUAUGCAUAUAAUCACUUUUAUAUCAUAUAUAAAAAGUUUUCCUGAUCUAUUGAAUUGUUUCGUCUCGACCGACUUUCCGUUCACUGAGGGUAACGCAUUUAACUAAUUUUAAUAACAAAUCCGAAAAUGAAGUAAAAAAAUUUACACUUAAGUUUAUGAUAUAAUUGAAUUAUAUGAGUAUUUAAAAAUGUAUAGAAAAUUGGAAAUAAAUUUCUGCAUUAGUAA